AUGUCGGAAUUCCAGAGGUCUCCCAGCAUGUAUCACGCAUCCAUUGCCCUGGGUGCACUUGAUCUGAGCAGGAAGACGCUGCUGACUAUACCUCUGGAGAGGAAAGAUGCGGCUGUGGGAGCAUUAACGGCCUACCACACCUCGAUUGCCAAAUUGAAAACCGAGAUUCUGAUGCAUGAUAUGACUGGAGAAGGCUGGGUGAAGCAUUUUCUGUACGGCACGUCCAAUAUGCUUCAGCUUCGUGGCCCAGAAGCCCAUAUAUCUGGCUCCGGGCGGCCAUUUUUCCUCACAGUGCGAGUCUUUGAGAUUUGUCGCGCCCUCAUAUACCCUGAACCUACUUUUCUCUGCCGGUCGGAAUGGAUGUCACUCACAACUAAGAUCUGGAACGAGGAUCUCAACAACGACUGGCACCCAAAGGAACCAUUAUUUGAUCUGAUGAUCACCUGUUCUUCGAUAAGUCACCGGCAAGUACACUCGCAGGCCCUCUAUAGAUUAUUCAUGCUCCUUCACAAGGCCCUUCUUGAGCUUGCCGCUGAAGGCUUCGUUGUUCGGUCAGCUCUUGGUGAUUGGUAUGCGACCUUCCAAAAGUGGUCGGCCGAUACUGGUACGCCCGCACAUAAUCCCCAGUCCGUUCUCGCAACAAUAUAUUUUCACAGCAUCUCCAUCUACCUGUCUGGAAUCUUCGACUACCGCGCUCAAUUCAACGAAAUACCCACACCCAUAAUCUCACAGGCCGUUGUUCAGAAACACGUCGAUGCGAUUCUACGGAUGACUGAGAUCACUUUGAAGACCACAAAUUUGGCGGCUGUGUUGUUUUUCUUCCCGUUGAGAGUAGCAGGCGCAAGAGUAACAGCCGCUCCAGAGACAGAGUCAAUUCAUGCGAUGUUUCGAGACAUUUCGACAAGGGGUUUCGUCGUUGCAGAUGCAUUUACGGCGGAUCUGAAGUCUCUAUGGCGCCGGAAAGGGAUAUAA